AUACUCACAAGUCACAAUCACCAAAAAAUUCCGAUCUCACUUCAUAAACCCUAAACUCCUAUAAUCCCCUCCCCCUCUCCCUAUCUACCUUCUGUUUGAAGCGCCGUCUCUCUCUCUCCAAUUUCUCUCUUGCUUUCUCUCGCCUGAAGCUUCAAAUCCAGAAUGGAGUCUCAGAUUAAGCAUGCUGUUGUCAUCAAGUGCAUGGGCCGCACUGGAUCAAGGGGUCAGGUGACCCAAGUCAGAGUUAAGUUCUUGGAUGACCAGAACCGUUUCAUCAUGAGGAACGUUAAGGGACCUGUCAGAGAGGGUGACAUUCUCACCCUCCUCGAGUCUGAGAGAGAAGCAAGGAGGCUUCGUUGAAUUACCAUACUUGUUGCUGCACUUGUAUGUCAGUUUUGGCUUCUGUGAGUCUUAUGCCUAAGUUAGAUUUUCAGAGUGAGAUUCUAUAUUUUUGAUGAUUUAGAUUUUCAGAGUGAGAUUCUAUAUUUUGAUGAUUUAAUAUCAAAAAUCUGGUUCUGGAUGCUUAUCUUAAUUAUUGGGAUGUUGUUUGAGAUGCCUAGUUUGAGUUAAUAUAAAGUCUUAAAUCCUGUUGGCUUUU